AUGCCCACAAUUAAUCAUUUACCUACCUUCACCUUUGUGUGCGCCAUUGCACUCCUUCUAGUCAAUUCUGCCAUUGCUACUCACUUUGUACACUCUCGCCCCUAUGGAAUUUCUCACGUUUGUAAUGGCUCUAUCGCUUGUUCACUCAUCAAUCCCAACUGGCCGACCAAAAAGAAAUUCACUUGUGGAAAUAAAACUGUCACAUCGACCUCCUUUGCUUCUGCCUAUCCUUACAUGAUGUUGGGGCAAGGAGUCUCGAUGGUAAAUUCAAGUGGCUCCUGGCCGUCUUCAGUCACGCCCGAGUGUAAAAAUACUAAACCUACCGACCGAUAUCAAUAUCACAAUGGAGUUUGGACUGCUUACUACUCGAUCGUCGCCACGUGCGGCUGUACUGGGACUGGACAACGUGCACUUCCCAAUUGUACUGCUGCUACCUCCCAAUCGACUAGAGCUUGCAAUGUCGCAAUGUUCACAUUCUGUGCAAUGACAAUGAAGGAUGUCGUCUGCACCCACCAAUAA